AUGGGAUGUACCACCAAGACCGGGAUCAAGAAUCCCAAUGAACACAAUGGAGGCAAUCGAACCCCAUGGUCCGUCACUCUGUCACUAACAUUAACCCACCUCCUCAGAAUCCACCCAGUGUUCCUGGGCGGCAUCAAUGUCGGUUCUGGCAACAAACCACCAUGGACGCUUCCAGCAAAAGCGAAAUACGGAACCUACGACUCGAAACGCGCCGUCAAAUACUUUGGUACCGAGCAACUCGUCACACCAGAUUUCUUUCCGAUCCUCUCUGUCGUACCACAGCGUGCCAUGCUUGUCGUGAAAGACCGGCAUCCACGCGAGGUAUUUGAGAAUUGUUUCCUCGACACGUGGCGAUGCAGCUUCGUGACGCACGUCAAUAUCGAGAAGCCCGAGGGACUGGCGAAGCUACUGGGAGCUCAUUUUGACGAGAACGAGGUCAAGGAGAUCAUGCGGUUGAUGACCACCAAGGAGUAUAAGGACAGGUUGACGCAGAAUACCAAGGACGCCUUAGAGCAGGGUGCGUUUGGGGCACCGUGGUUUAAAUUGACGAAUGCGCAGGGUGUGGUUGAGCCGUUGUUUGGCAGUGAUCGGUGGGCUUAUAUGUGGGAUUUCCUCGGGGUGGAUUUCGAGGACAUCAAGAUUGUGGACAAGACGAAAGGAAAAGCAAAGCUCUAA